AUGCUGAUAUCAAUAACUGUGUUCUAUAAUCUUCUCCAUGGAAACCAGCCAGCCACGCCCAGGCAAGGCUCGUGGGUCACGUACAACAGUCCUCUGUGGAAGAAAGAUAGGAUCAAGUCAGACGUACAACUGAAUGCCAGCUUUAUCGCAAGAUCCAAGUGUUUCCCUGCUUAUGAAGCGAGUUUUCUCAACGACGCCAUCAGAACCAGUGUCUCCUCCACAAGAAGAGCUCCAGUAAUUCCUACCUACAAUGCCCUGAUGGAUAAGUACAGCCAGGCCUACUUCCGGUCCCCUCUAGUGCAGAGCAUCCUGGGGAGGGACAUGUCAUCCGGCAUAAAGACUAAUACAAGAACUAUUAACAAACUCAGUGCCAGACGCAGAUGUGCACCAACUCCUGACCAGUGCAAGCUCUGGCAAAUGGAAAAAGGUUUCAUCAAUGAUGCGAUAAUCACUGAAAAAAGGCGGACCAGAUACAAAGACAUUAUUCCCUCUUACGAUGCCAGUCGUGAUCAAUGUUGCCAGAUGUAUUUUGAACGUGAAGAUAUCAAGAGGCUGCUUGCAAGAACGUGUGCUCCCAGAGUUAGAUUCCAUGUCAAAUCUAAAAGCACUGUAUCAUAA